AGUCCCAAUUUACAACCACAACUGCCAGGUUCAGGGGUUCCUUGGAGUAGCAUUAAAGACACUGUUUUCAGUUUCAGAUCUUCUAUUGCACACAUUACAUACAUUACCAGCACCAAAAGAAAAAACCCCAAAAAAGAAAUGGAACAACAAAAGGGUAAAAGACAAGAAACUUUUAUAAGGGGAAAGCUGCAUUGAUUUCUAGAUGACAUUUUAGUUGGAAUCAGAAGAAGUAAGAAGAAAGAAGAAAUAAUGGGGGGCUCUGAGGCUCUUAGCAUGUUGUUCUUCAUCACCACCACCUUCUUGAUGAUGAUUCUGCUAUCAUCAUUGCAGCAAAGUACCCACAUUAUUUUUACUGUGGAUUCUUUGUGGAAUAGUUAUGAUGUUCAUGACAUGUAUUUCAUUGAUGAGAGCAGCAUUCAACAAGGGAACAACAUCAAUGAUGGAAACAGCAACAACAAGAAUGUUGAGAAAAUCUCAGGUUUGGAUGAGAAUGAAGAGAAGCAAGCCAUGUUUGUUGAAACAUUCAGAACAUUGCUUGGACUCAAAAGCUUCCACGAAAAAGUACCUUCUUCAUCUUCUUCUUCUGAGUUAUUAUUCUCAUUCUCAUUCUCUCCUUCACCUUCUCCAUCACCAACAAGCAUUGAACCUGAGGCUGUAGCUCCAUUAUCUCCAGCACCUUCUCCUGUGGUUCACAACCAUCAUCACCAUCAUCGUCAUCAUCAUUAUUAUCAUUCUCAUUGGAAUCUGAAGAAAGAAGCUCAUCAUCAUCAUGAAGAAGAUAGAGGCAGAGCUAAGAAAAUACUAGUAGCAAUUCUUGUUUCUGUGGGAAUUGCUACAUUAAUCUGUGGUUGUGCCUUAAUCUUCUUCUGCAGGAAAUUCAGGAACCAAAGGAAGAAACCAAAAAGGACCAUGCCACUCUGUAGCAGCAAGAAAAAGAACAAAAACAAGGUGAGUUUAAACUCAAGGCUAGAUCUGUUUUAUCUUGAUUCCUUAGGUGAAGAUUUAGAACAACAACAACAACCACAAGAAGAAGCAGAAGCUUGCACCUUGAAAGAAAUUAGUUAUCAGAAUAAUGCUACUGAAGACUGUGACAAUGUUAGUAGUUCUUCCACAAAGGAGAUUCUACCUGUUCACGACGAAGAGGAAGAAAAUAUUGAAUCUGAAUCUGAAUCUGGUGGAAGAGAAAUUGGAAUCUCUGCUGACCCUGAAGAAGAAGAAGAAGAGAAUCAUUCAUCAGAGAAUGAAAGUUUUCAUUCCAUUAUUAAUUCACAAACAAAUUCAAGACUCUCUAAUGCUUCAUCUUCUAGCCUUGUUAGUGAAACAUUAAUGUCACCAAAGGAUUCAUCACCAUUACCAAACCAAUUUCUUAGUUCACCAAAUAACUCAAUUUCAAACCCUAAACCACCGCCACUUACUCCAAAACAUGAAAAUCAAGAAACUGAUGAGACUAUUAACCAAUUUGUCAAACCCUCCACAUCUCCACCGCCUCCUCCGCCACCGCCGCCGCCACCAACUCCGCCUCUUCAAAUGCCACUCUUCAGAUUACAUUCUCUCACUUCUUCAUCCAGAGCUUCCUCUCCCUCUCCGCUUUCUUUAAAAUCUCAUAACUUCUCAUCACCAUCUCCAAGAAACCCAGACUCAAAUCAAAGUCCUCAAACAGAGUUGCCUUCUCCGCCGCCGCCGCAACCGGCGAAAUCUCCACGCAACAACAACAUUCCACCACCGCCAUGUCCACCACCGCCAUUUCCAAAGGGCAAUGUCAAAACACCACCUCCUCCACCAUCUCAACUACCUCAAUUCACGGCACUAGGCAAAGAUGGAGCACCGCUUCCAAAACUGAAACCGCUUCACUGGGACAAAGUAAGAGCCGCACCAAAUCGCACUAUGGUUUGGGAUAAACUAAGAUCAAGCUCCUUUGAGUUGGAUGAGGAAAUGAUUGAGUCACUUUUUGGAUACAAUUUACAGAGUUCUAUCAAGAAUGAGGAAACAAAGAGCAAAAGCCCUUCUCCAAGCAAGCAUGUUCUUGAGCCUAAACGGCUUCAGAACAUUACGAUACUCUCAAAAGCUAUAAAUGCAACAGCUGAGAAUGUAUGUGAAGCCUUAAUACAAGGUAAGGGCCUUUCUUUGCAACAACUAGAGGCAUUGGUGAAAAUGGUGCCCACAAAGGAAGAGGAGGCCAAGCUUGCCAACUAUAAAGGCGACAUCAAUGAAUUGGGGUCCGCAGAGAGGUUUGUGAGGGCAAUGCUUCAAGUCCCAUUUGCCUUUCAAAGGGUAGAAGGCAUGCUUUACAAAGAGACUUUUGAAGAUGAAGUUGUUCACCUAAGGAACUCUUUUUCAAUGCUAGAGGAGGCAUGCAAGGAACUAAGAUCAAGCAGGCUGUUCUCGAAGUUACUAGAAACCGUGCUGAAGACAGGGAACCGCAUGAACGUGGGGACGAUCCGCGGCGGGGCAAGAGCAUUCAAGCUCGACGCCCUUCUCAAGCUAGCAGACGUCAAAGGCAUUGAUGGCAAAACCACGCUGCUCCACUUUGUGGUUCAAGAAAUCAUCCGAUCCGAAGGGAUUCGAGUUUCAGACAGCAUCAUGGGAAAAAUAAGCCAAAAGAACAACAAAAACAGGACCGAAGAACAAAAGGAAGAGGACUACCGAAGAAUGGGACUUGAAUUAGUCUCUGGCCUAAGCACGGAGCUCUACAAUGUGAAGAAAACCGCCACCAUCGACUUAGAUGUUCUUGCAAGCUCUGUGUCAAAUCUAUCUGAAGAAAUGGCAAAGCUAAAACAACUCGUGGGGAAGGAUUUGCAUAAUGAUGGAGAGAGCAGUGAGGGGUUUGUUAACACUAUGAAGUGCUUCUUGAGUUAUGCUGAGAAGAAGCUGAAGGAGUUGGAAGGAGAUGAGAACAGAGUGUUGUCACGUGUGAAGGAGAUCACUGAGUAUUUUCAUGGUGAUGUCAGCAAUAAAGAAGAUCAAAACCCACUUAGGAUCUUUGUUAUAGUGAGGGAUUUCUUGGGGAUGUUGGAUAGCGUGUGUAAAGAGCUUAGAAGGAAUAAAUCUACUCGUAGCCCAAACCCUCUUGCACCAUUUAGAUAGGAUUUUGAGAGUAGGAUAUUUUGGGAGUGUGUGUGUCUCCCUGCCUCUCUGUUCAUAGGAAAAUUCAGAUUUUUC